ACCUCGCGCCCAUGCCGGUAGUAUGUGGUCCUCUGGAGGAUGUACGUGACCUCCUUCACUUCACCUCUUUCUGAUACGAAGCAUUUGCUAUUCAAGUCACGUGGAUUCUGCAUUGGAGUUGGGUUUCAUUCUUCUGGGACACAUUUGUUGAGAGUUCGCAUCCACGCAUUGCCUUCAUGAACGAGACUUCUGGAGUACAGCAUUGUGUCCCUUGAGCUUUGUGUGCAGCUAUGGCCAUGGCGAUGGCACUCUCAGCACCGGGACUGCACUUUUCUGCUGCCUGUGUGUUGAAUCCAGCUAGUGGAAGGGUGCAGCUGAGGAAAACAUUCUCGAGGAUUGUUCUACUGCCGUCAAACAGUCGAGUCAGCUGCAGUGUUGGGGCUGAGGCCCAAGUGCAAACCAUCUGGAGCUGGGCACAAUCACAUGGAAUCCAGGGCGAAGCUGUCAAACCUGCGGAGGUAUCUGAGGGGCUCGGUUUAAUUGCUCAACGGCCGGUGAAUGCUGGAGACGAAAUCCUGAAUGUUCCAGAGUCCGUCUGGAUCAAUCUCGCUGCAGUGCAGAAUUCUAGCCUGGGGAAGGCCUGUGAGGGUUUAAAGCCUUGGGUAGCAGUUGCAUUGUUUCUUAUACAUGAAUCGUCGAAUCCAAGCUCCAAAUGGCGACCCUACCUGGACAGUCUUCCAAAGUCCUUAGACUCGCCGCUCUUCUGGUCCGACGAGGAGUUAGCAGAAUUAGUAGGAACCCAACUGCUUGGAUCUGUCACUGGCUAUCUGGAGUUUCUCGAGAACGAAUAUAACAAUCUGGUGGAGGAAGUCUUGGAACCGAAUAACAAGAUUUUUAAUCCUGCGGUUUACACCUUCGAUGGUUUCAAAUGGGCUUUUGGCAUCCUGAGGUCUCGAACAUUUUCUCCUUUAACUGGUGAAGACAUUGCCCUAGUUCCAAUUGCCGACCUGGUGAACCAUGGAAAAGGUCUUGGCGAUGGAUCCCCAAGCUGGGUGAGAAAGGGAACUAGCCAAUUCUGGAAUAUAGGGAAAGGUAGCAGCGAUUUGCUUACCGUGCGAGCUUCGGCAAAUUUCAGUGCCGGAGAGCAGGUAUUGAUGCAGUAUGGAGCAACCAAGAGCAAUGCAGACCUAGCAUUAGAUUAUGGUUUCGUUGAGCGAGACAGAGGAUCGCAGUUUUCUCCAGGAAUUGAGCGAGACUCCUUGGCACUGAGUCUAGAAAUAUCCCCGGAUGACCGGUUUGUGGAUGACAAGGCUGACAUAUUGGAGAUCAACGGAUUCCAAUGCAGUAUGCAAUUUGAUUUGUCGCGAGGGCAAGGUCCCUCGGAUGAGAUGAUCACUUUCUUACGUCUCUCAGCUCUGUCUGGACCCGAUUCUUUCCUUCUAGAAGCGCUGUUCCGCAACGAAGCAUGGGGCCAUGUGUCGUUGCCUGUGAGCCGUGACAACGAGGAAGCACUCUGCACGUCCAUGCUGGAGGGCUUGAAAGCGGCACUGGAUGGGUAUAGCACCACCGUAGAGCAGGAUAUGGAGCUUUUAGCUCGAGGGGAUCUGAGCACGAGAAUGGAAAUAGCUGUCGUAGUGAGAUUAGGGGAGAAGAGAGUGAUGCAGGAACUGCAAACAUGGUUUGAGGCCCGUUUAGAGGAAUUAGACACUCUAGAGUAUUAUGCUGAGCGUAGGCUCAGAAACCUUGGCCUUAUGGACGAAGGUGGCUAUAUGACUCCUUGGGUGUUCAAUGAGUAGAUGUUGUAUGAAUACACUUCAUUAUUGUACUCCAGCUGGAAAUGUACAUCAACCUCACAUAGCGUUGCAAUGUGGGAUGCUGAGAAAGCAGAAUGUGUAAAUUGAUGAAUG